AUGGCGGCGCCCAUGACUUGGAGGAGACUUGUGAACUUUGUUUAUACUCCUGCUGUCUUUGGAGUAUUCUCUAAACUUUCGGACAGACUAUUUAGGAAACAUGACAAGAUCAGAGGGUCCACCCUGCUACUCCUGCCCCCUCUUCUGGCCGGGGCAGCUCCUGCACCACUGGCCUGCUCCAGGCUGCCAGGCUCCACUAGAGCAGAAGGGCUUCAUUCCCGCUUCUACUGGAUUGCUGACCAUGUUCCAGCCUUCAAGGUGCCCGGGGGUCGCAUCCGUGUGCUCCGCUCCCCGGAUGAGUUCUAUCAAGCUAUGAAGGUACGCAUCAAGACAGCCAAGCAUCGAGUGGUGAUGGCCUCCUUGUAUCUUGGCACAGGACCACUAGAGCAAGAUCUUGUUGACUGUAUAGAAGAGGCACUCAAGCACUCGCAGGAAGAGGCUGCUGCUGAUUUAAAGGUGUCUGUGCUGCUGGACUACACCAGAGGAUCCAGAGGAAAGAAUAAUUCACGUACAAUGCUGUUGCCUUUGCUGCAACGUUACCCGGAGCAAAUGAGAGUUGCUCUAUACCACACUCCAGACCUGCGGGGCCUGUUGCGCCUCUUUGUUCCUGACAGGUUUAAUGAGACCAUUGGCGUGCAGCAUAUCAAAGCUUACCUGUUUGACAACAGUCUCAUUAUCAGUGGGGCCAAUUUGAGUGAAUCGUACUUCACUAACCGGCAGGACCGUUAUGUGUUGGUGGAGGACUGCGCAGAGGUAGCCAAUUUCUUUGCUGAGCUGGUGCAUGCUGUGAGUGACAUCUCACUGCAGCUGGAGCAUGAUGACACUGUCCAUGUGAUGGAGGAAAUGGUGCACCCCUACAAAGGUAAUCGGGUGGACUUCUCAUCCUCAGCACAUCAGCGAAUUAUGGGUGUGAUAAGUGUGGCCAGGGCUCGGCAGCAGCUACUGGAGUUGGGGCACUUGAGAGACUCGGACUCAGAAUUUGAAGGUGGAGAAGAGCAUAGCGACACCUGGCUCUUCCCACUUGUGCAGAUGAAGCCUUUGGGCAUCCAGCUGGAUGAGGAGGUAACGCAGCGUCUGCUCAUGGAAGCAGGCAAAGAUGCUACAGUCUACUUGACAUCUGGCUACUUCAACCUGACACAAGCUUACAUGAGGCUGGUGCUGGGAGCGGCAUCAGACUACUGCAUCCUCAUGGCUUCCCCAGAGGUCAACGGGUUCUUUGGGGCUAAAGGAGUGGCAGGCGCUAUUCCCGAAGCUUAUGUCCACCUUGCCCAUCAAUUCUAUAGCAAAGUGUGUAAGCUGGGUCAACAGGGUCGUGUCCAACUCCAUGAGUACCAUCGCCCCGACUGGACAUUCCAUGCCAAGGGUUUGUGGUACUACCUUAAAGGGAAAGACGGCCCUUGUCUCACUCUUAUUGGCUCCCCCAAUUUUGGCUAUCGCUCAGUACACAGGGAUUUGGAGGCACAGAUUGCCCUAGUAACAGAGAAUGAGCAGCUCCAGGCCCAACUACACCAGGAGCAAGAGAUGUUGUACCAGAGGUCCACAGAGGUUUCACACUCCACCUUUAAGCAGCCUGACCGCUAUGUUAAGUUAUGGGUGAAGCUGAUCACUCCUCUCAUUAAAAACUUCUUCUGAGAAUGCACAUUGCCUGAAUUGCUGAACUUCUUACAGUUCAAACCAAGUUGGUUCAUCAAAUACAGGAGUUCUCUAGAAGGGUUGCCCUCCACAGUUUCAUUGAUUUAAUUCAAUGAGUGUGUGGUAGUUUACUAAUGAGUUAAACCAGAUGCAGAGCAGGAAACAACAUUCCUUGCUAUUGUAAGAAUUUCAAACCUGAAUGCCACAUUGUAUUCAAUGACCAGGUUCUUUGGAUCCAUGUAAAAUAAAUGUAUAUAGUUAUUUAUGCCAGAUGUCAACAUCAACACCUAACUGAUGGAGAACAAAUGAGACCAAAGUCUCCAUCUCUGUGGAUGAAGUUCACAAAUGGAGCAAUCAGUAUGUUCCAGUUUCUAGACUUCUCUGUGAAGUUCUUUUUACUGGGCACAUGCCAAAUGUCUAUGAAUAUACUUGUAACAAACCCAAAGCUGGCGGACAGUGGGUUUUUAAGAAUGUGCAUUGUCACUGCAGUGGUUCUUCUAGCCCAAAGGCCAUCACAUUGUUGAGUGUCAAACUAGCAUGGCCAGACCACAGCACCACAGCCUCAGUCAUACAUUAUUCCAGUGCUAUCAUGCUUCAGCUACUGAACUGCAUUGUCAUUGACCACCUUAAGGCCUCACUUGCUAACAACUUAAUCAGACAUAAUCUGUCUGUAAUGCUAAAUAUUGAGAUUCAGAGGAACUAGCACUGUCUCCCAUUUGAAGAUUACAAAAAGAUAGGUUAUUUAGUCACAAUUUAGAACAUAUGUGGUCCAAUGGAUAAAGUUCUUUAAGUCAACAAUAGCACUGGGUUUGUAACCCUCUAAAGUCUAACACAUUGCUGGUUAUGUGAAAAGGCAUGUUGUAAUAUUCUAUUUAAUAAACAGAACACAAAAAACUAUAUAUUUAUUAGUACAGCAAAGAAUGAGAGUUAAAGCUUACUUUUAAGUACUAACCUUUCAAAAAUAUGCUGAUUGAUGACCCCACAACAACAAAAAAACAAAUGGUCUCUGAUUCUUAAAGUGCUGAAAUACCUUUUUAUAAUUUUUUUUGUUAGUUGUUUUUAAUAGUGCUAUUAGACUGCCCCCUUGUGAAUGUGCCUGCUGUCAAUGACCAUAAUGAAGCAUCAUGCUUUUGGUAGAAGUUAAUAUUUUUUGUUUUUAUGAAAGUGUUGCCAAAAAAAGGAUGUGGAGAAAAGUAAUAUUUUAAGUUAAAUUUCAGUCUCAAAUAUGAGCAAAAUUGUUAAUUUAAGAUUUUAGCAUGUUAAAUGUCAAGCACAACAUUUAGUCAUUGUAAACUGUAAAAAUAAAGGCACACUGAUGUAAUCAGAGUUCAUUGUCUAGACACUGAGAAGUCGGCAUACAGCUGCUAGCACCCACUUGUUCGGGUUUUAGGUUAAAGUUCCAAACACAUGCGUGUCUUGGUCAUACACGUUCUUGGUCUCCUGGCAGUCCACUGGAAUGGCUCUGAUGAAGAUAACAGACAUGGCAGGCAUCAUCUCCUUUAGAUGAACAUCAGCAAUCACACCAGACUGCAAGCCCCUGUCACCAAAAAAAUUAAUUAUUUUAUAGAUAAACCUUAUUCCAAAACAUGCUUGAUAAUUAUUUAAACGCUGAAUUUGGCCAUCGCUUCUUUAUACAACAAUGCCACUCUUGUAACUGUCACUAAUAGUAACCUCAACUCUUCUGUGUUAUAUGUGAAGUAUUGUCUUUUUUAUUUGGUGUGUCUUUGGUUAACGAAAGUACAAAGGUAACAGAUGGGUCACAGCAAAUUGGAACUUUCUAUUAAAACUAAAAGGUUUGGCAUAGUCUGAGAACUGGGAAGAUUCUGGGGAAGUGGACUAUGGUUAAAGCAAACAUGGUUACUUUUUAUUGUGAUCAUAUUUAAACCCUAUUGGAGUAGUCCUGUGAGAUUAGUAAGAAAAGGUUUUAAAAUCCUGCUCUAAACAGUAACUGAUUUCUCAACAAUUUGCUAUGCACUGGUUGAGCGUUUGUCAAUUUGGAGGUGCAUUUAAAUAGUUGCUGAUUGAUACUGCUUGAAGUAGUAAGUAAAAAAAUAGUUUCUUUUGUAGUUCUUUCUGUUUGCCUUUCUGAUCUUUUAAGAUGUUCACUUAACUAAACCUGAACAUUGAUGUAGACAAACACAAAUGAUCACAAAUGUUUUUUUUUAUUCAGUGACAUGCUGACUUCCACACCUGGAGUGCUAGUUAAUCUGUUGUACUUGGAGUGUAUGAGGCUUCAUGUGUCAGCCAUUCUAAUUAACUAUACCAUAGACUAAGUACAGAAUGUCAAAAUAUCCCUCACCCUCACAAAGGAAUUUGAUGGAUGAUAAGCUAUAGCAUGUUCAUGGGGACAUUACACUUAUCAAAGUCUAUAAAAAUCAGUUUACAUUUCAGUUUAUUUGAAUAUUUAUUGGUAAUAGUAGUUUUUUAUUUGUAUUUUUGAAAGACUGUAUGAAUAGAACAUUUGUCCACAGGUUGUUAAACUAGUGGAAGCAGUGGAUUUUUUAAAAUCUCAUUUAUAAAGUCAGUAAGUGUUUAGUAUGUUUGAAGGAGACCAAUAUGCAAGUUAUGGAAGUUUUUUCAAGCUGUCUUGAGUAAACACUUUGAUGCCCUACUGGAAAAGCUUUGACUGUGGGUCAAUUGGUCUAACAAUACAAGCUUUAAAAAAUAGAUUUCAUUCUUUCAUGCAGUCUGAGAGUAUGUAUUAAUUUUCAUUGUAAAAAUGUGUUUUAGUUCAGUAGGUAAUGUUUUAAAAAAAUAAAAGUUUGGUUGUCAUUUCAA